AUGCGUUUCUCCACCCUCAAGUUUGCCAUUGCUGCCUUAGCCAUCUGCAGCAACACCGUCUUCGGCCAAACUACUCCGUCCCAAGUCGUCAGCAAUAUCAACAUGCUUACCCAGAAGUCCGAGGCCCUUCAGGCACCUGCCGAGUCAAUCACCAUCGUCAAUGGACCGCUGAUUGUAGCCGGUCAGGGUCCUUUCCCGAUGCAGGGCAUGGCCGCCAUUCCGCCUGGCGCCAACUCCGACGCAAUUCUCGAAGCCUUCCGCGGUUUUGUCCGUGUUCAUCAGGCGCUCCUCGAAAUUCUCAUUGGCAAAGCUGGAUUAUUCAGCACUGUCCCUUUCAUUGGACAACCUAUCGCAGCGGCUCUGCGCCAGAUUGAAGCUAUUGUCGACACCCUGGCUUUUACUCUCAUUGACACCCUGGAAGGUCAGGCCUCAGAGAUUCAAUCUGAGGCCGAUAGCUUGAGUGCGACUAUUGGGGACGCGAUCACUAGCUACCAGGGAGUCAACCUGGACUGA